AUCUCCCGGCCUCCUCGCCGGCAAAACUCAGAAUCCAAAGGCCAGGGCAUGCAAGAUAGUGAAGAUGUCGUCUUGGGGUCUUCGUGGCAUGUCCGUUGAUAGUUUCGAAGGAUAUGAUCCGACGCCGUACUCCGGUGGUUACGACCUUUCCCUCACCUACGGCCGGCCGCUGCAGCCCACUGAUGAGAUAUGCUACCCUGUUUCCGCAGCUGGAGACGUGGACUUGGAGCGCCCUCGCUAUUCUUCUGGGUCUCACAACUCCGCUUUCGAAACCGACAAUACCAAGAAAAGUGACUGCUACGGCCUUCUGCGCCCUGGCUUUGAGCCCCAGCGCCAGCCACAGCCAGUUUCCAAUCCGUGGUACACAGGUUACGGUCACCAAAGCUACGGUUACGGAGGUGGUAGCGGCGCAUCCGAUUAUGGAUCGGUGUACGGUGGGCGUCCUCAGUUCCCGGAGCAGGGAUUCGCCUACGGCCAGGGUUAUGGCCAGCGCCCCCAGCACCAGGAAUUCAGAUCUGAGUAUGGAUCGGAGUACGAAGGUGGGAGGAAACCCCCAAGCGGAUCUGGGUAUGGCCGUGAAGGCUUGAUUCAUUAUGGGGAUGAGGGGUUUCGGCGGAGUGAGGAAGAAGGUUACGGGCGCCAAGGCUUUGGAGGCAAUGACUAUCGAAGGAAUGAGGAAGAAGUUGGUGGUGAUGGUGGAUUUAGGAAGAAUAGCGAUUAUGUUUAUGGUGGGAACACGAGUUAUGAUAAGCCGAGUUACGGCGCUGGCGAGGAAGUUAGUGGUGGGAAGAAUUCCAACUAUGGCAAUCAAUACCAGAGCACUGAAUAUGGGAAGCCAAGCUACUAUGGUACUGAAGAAGGGGAAAGAUAUGGACACUCCAAAUUUGGUAAUGAUUCUGAUGAUGUAGAACAGAAGCAUCACCAUCAUAAGCAUCAUCACCGCCACUACUAGGAUGAGUGAUUCAUUCCGGAGGGUUAGUGGAUCAAUAUUCUGCGGCACCCUAUGUGUGUCCUAAUAAAAACUGGGUCUGGGAUCCCAUGUUGCGUGAGACUCUACUUGUGAUGUUGCUAGACAAGUUUGGCUGAUCUUACAUUACUGUGUGUUGCUGAACUGGGACUUCAAAGUUCAGCUUUAGUUAUAUAUUUCUGUUUCUCUUACAACUCGGAUAAAUAACUAUGAUAUAUAACUUGUGCUUCCAGAUUGUCACCUGCGUGGCUAUAUUUUAAAUUUUUUGCAGCUUGGUUAAAUCACUUUUUAAGUUCCUCGGCAGUUUCAACAAUGGUCAUAUUUUCCUCAAA